AUGUACCAAAACACGUGUGAUGUAAUAGACAUAGGAGCUAGUACCAACGCUUACGAGUCCGGAACUGGUGGAGGUUCAACACAGGGCGGCGAUUUCGAGUCCAAACACUUGGAGGAGCACGUGAGCAUCCCGACGCACACCAUCGAGCACACGAAACCGGUGCCGGUGCCCGUUUACAAGAAGAUCGGCGUGCCAGUUCCGCAUCCGGUGGGAGUACCGGUGCCGCAAGUUAUCAAGGUGCCAGUACCGCAACCCUAUCCCGUUCACGUUCCGGUACCACAGCCGAUCGCAGUUCCCAUCUACAAAUUGGUGCCGCAGGAGAUUGAGAAGAAGGUUCCGAUUACCGUGCAUAAGAUUGUGCCCGUGGAAGUGGAGAAGCCAUAUAAAAUAGAAAUCGAGAAGCACCAUCUUCAGUACGUGGAAAAGCCGUACCCAGUUCACGUGCCAUUCUACAAACAUGUCUACCAUCAUGUACCAAAACACAGUGGUGGUGACGGAGGCCACGGAUGGCAUUAG